AUGGUUGUUGGUGGUGGUGGUCGGAGUUAUCUCAGGGAACUAGUCGAUUGGACAUUAGAAAAAAAGAAAAAAGAUGAUAAAGCGAGAGGUGGGGUUUGGGGUUUGAGUGUACAAGACCUUCUACUUCCAUCUCUGGAUUCUACUUCCCAACCCCCAUCACUCUUCGAUGGAACUACCAGGUUGUAUAUCAAUUAUCAAUGCCCCUAUUCUCAACGUGUGUGGAUUACCAGGAAUGUUAAGGGUUUACAAGACAUGAUAAAGUUAGUUCCAAUUGAUCUUCAGAAUAGGCCUGAUUGGUACAAGGAAAAAGUUUACCCCAAAAAUAAGGUGCCUUCCCUAGAGCACAACAACAAAGUGACGGGAGAGAGUUUGGUUCUGGUUAAAUAUGUUGAUUGUAACUUUGAAGGACCAUCAUUCUUGCCAGAUGACCAGGAAAAGCGAAAAUUUGCUGAAGAAUUGAUAGCUUAUAGUGACACUACAUUCGUCCCAGAAGUAUACAAAUCGUUCGCAAAAGAUGCACGAACACUAGCUGGUGCACAAUUUGAUUACCUAGAAAAAGCUCUCCACAAAUUUGACGAUGGGCCUUUCUUCCUUGGUCAAUUCAGUCAGGUUGACAUAAUAUAUGCUCCAUUUAUCGAAAGGUUCCAUGUUUUUAUGCCAGAGGGGUUUAACUAUGACAUCACAACCGGGAGGCCUAAGCUAACCAAGUGGAUUGAGGAAAUGAACAAUCUUGACGGAUAUAAGCAAACAAAAGUCUUGGAACAAGAGAAAAUGGUUGAGUACUACAAGAAUCGCUUUCUGCCGAAAGCUUGAAACUUCAAAAAUGCAUUGUCAAUCUCAUAUGAAAGUUACAGGGGUUAGGACUUUGGUAUCAAAUAUAUUAUGGAUUUCUAUAAUAAUAUGCACCUGCAAUAAAUUUGCUCUAUGUUUUUUUAUCUUUAGUGUUUGGAAUUGUAUUUUCCUUCUAGUACCUAGAGAGACUUGUACUUUUAUUUUUAUCAUAGA